AUGGUAAUGUCAUUUCAACCUUUUAAUGUUAUCGAACCAUGGGUAUUCGAAACCAUCACCCCAUCACAAUUCAUCACCUUCACAAUGCCAAACCCGCUUAACCACCGCCGGUUGCUCCACGCUCUAGUGAUCCGCGUCGCCGUACUCGAUUCUCCGAUAGCCACCGCUGACGAUGAGGUCCCCUUAAUCGCCGCCAUGAUUGUACCUAAUCACCGGGAAACAGACUGGAAUUUUUGUACAGAAUCCGGACAUCUUCAGCUCCUAUACGACUCCCACAACGUCUCCCGCCUUAUCCUAAUCGGUAAUAAUCCCCCACCUAAUCCAGAACCCUCCAUUUAUAUUCGCCCUCAAGUUACUGGUCCUUUGGAGAAACAAAGACUAGAAAACGAAUUGAAACCAUUACUCAUGGCUUUGCAUCCCAAAGUGAGUUUUCAUCGUCGUUUGCCAGAAACCAUAAUCUUGACAUACGAAGAUGAUGUCGUGUAUCGUGUGACUAUAGCUAAAUUUGUAGGUCCCAUUGUUGGUGAAUUUGUCGUUGAAGAUGUUGAACUGGAGGGUAAUCGUGAUAGAAGUAAAAUGCUCCGAAGGAGAUUGAGGUUUAAAAGAAUGCCUAAUUUGAUACAAUCUCAGGUCCCUCUUAUACCUGUUAUUAGCGAUGACGAAGCUACAACACAUGUAGAUUUGGAAAGUUUGAGGAAGAUAGUAAACGCAAAGUUUGACGUUGAUACAUCUGUUUUGGUUCACCCAUACUUGCCUCCAAUGGUUGCUGGACUUUUCUUGAUUGCUUCACAUCUCAAUGAGCGAAUUCAACAAGGGUUUACUCCAAGAGCUUUGUGUUUAGGGAUUGGUGGUGGUGUUUUGUUAAGUUUCAUGAAAACUCAAUUGGGUUUUGAUGUUGUUGGAGUGGAGGCUGAUAAGGUUGUUUUAACUGCUGCAACAAAGCAUUUUGGGUUUAAUAAAUCGGGUUCUAUUCGAUUCAUUGUUGGAGAUGCUAUAGAAGUGAUACAAAACUUUCCUUCCCAAAAGAUAAAAGGAGACAGCGAUGGUUUAAAGGUUAAUAAUGAUGUCCUAGAUGCUAAAUUUGAUGUAGUUAUGGUUGAUUUGGAUUCAAAUGAGGCUCAAAAUGGUAUUAGUGCUCCACCACCAGAAUUUGUUAAGAAACCGGUUUUUAAAGCUGCGAGAUCACUUCUUGAUGAUCGUGGUGUCCUUAUUAUCAAUGUGGUUCCUUUAAAUGAACUAUUUUAUACGACAUUGGUAAAAGAUCUUAAGGAUACUUUUUAUACGGUUUAUGGAAUAGAUGUUGGGAAUCAAGGUAAUUUUGUUGUUGUGGCUACUGUGUCACCAACUUCCUCCAAUGACCAUGAUAAUGAUUUUUUGAAGAAGUUGACAUCUGUGAUUCCUGGAACUUAUAAAGAUACCAUAGUUGAAUUGUGA